AUGGUUUUACCUCCCUUUCCAAAGCUACCAACCGGCAACCUCCUUCCCCUCAUCCAAGCCGGACACGUUGCAUCCAUCUGGCACGACGUGCUGCUCACGCCGCCGCAAUUGGCGCAGUCAUCCUCUCCGCGUUUGCCGGCAUCCCCGUUUUUAUCUGCUAGUGCUAACGAAUUGCUCUUUCCAUCACCAGCCGCGGAAACUGAGAGCGACGAUUUUGGCGGGUAUGCGGCGAACGAUGAUUACGUGUCACUUUCCGCGUUCACAUUCGUCUGCACCUCCUCAAAAACCGCCAGCGCGGAUCACGCCGCUGAUCGCGGCGGAAGUCAUUUCCCUCAGAGCGUUCGCGCGCAUCGGAAAAACAGUCUUGUAAAUUUCAAGAGCGAAGCAAAGAUUUCCACCUCUCCCCACUCGCUUUCUCCCCGCUCACUUUCCCCCGACUCGCUUUCUCCCCGCUCGACGCGUCCCGCCUUCCCUUGCCAGCGGCUCGAUCUGGACGGCUCGUUGAGCCCCGACGACUCCGCGCGGCGCCCAUGGAAUCUAGGAAUCUUGCCUCAGACGUGCGUACUUUCCCCCAUCGCCGCUCAGCCGUCAGAUGUCGCGACGGAUGCCAACGUCUCACCGCCGUCGUCCCCGUUAGUAGCUUCCCCAGGCUCUGGAUCGCCGCGCGAGUCCGGCGACUCGGCGUUUCCCGUAAUUUUCGACAACGCGCCGAUCGAAGCGGUGGAAAUCGGCACCCGGCAGCGCGAACCGGGGGAAGCGUACCCUGUGCUUCCGCUCCUCGCGCAGCCCGUGCGGCUUCACAACGAGACGCGCUCGGAAGUUUCGUGGAAGCUGGUGGUUAUCGCGAUUGACGACCCGUUGGUCGCUGCCCGGCGGAUGGACGUGGUUUCGCGGAAGCUUCUGCCGAUGGUGCGGAGAUGGGUUCGCGAGUCGGGUUUCGCGUCACCGCCGCGUCCGCAGAGGGAAUCGUCAAGACAGGAAAAAAAGCCUUCGCCUGCUAGCCCCUCGUGCGACCCUCUCUCAUCUCCCCAUAUGGAGUGCUUGUGGGACGAAGCUGCUCAGAAGGCGCGCGCCGUGAUCACCGAGUCGCACUACACCGCAACUUUUGCCGGCGCAACUUCCGCCAGCGCAACUUCCGCCAGUGCGACUUCCGCCAGCGCGGCUUCCGCCAGCGUAGGGCGCGCCAGCCCCCGCACCAUUUCCCCCGUCCCCGGCCGAAACCUUCCCGCUUCGACGUGCACGUCGCAGGACGAUUCGUCCACGUCAGCAGCUGCAGCGGCGCUGCUGAACGAAAUACUAGACGCGCCGCUGCCCAUGUUCUUGGACCUACAGCGAAGCGCCACUAUCGGAUCGUCGUGUAUUGUGCAAAAACGCGGUGCUAAAAAUAACGGCAACAGGUUGGGUGGUGGUGCUAUCAGUGGGCGGUGGUGGGGGAAGGAGGAGAGAAACGGGGGAGAGGGGAGAAGCGGGAGUUUCGGCAAAAACGGUGCUGGUGGGUUGGGUGGUUUGUGUGAGCAUAACGAAGGUGAAGAAUCCUGCCUCGGCCGCGGCGAUGCGGGUUCUGAUGGCGAUGGCGACAAUAGCGAGGGCGAGGGUAGUCCGAGGCCGAUGGAGCUGCUGAGAAGGCAUACCGUUACAACCAUAAAUAAAAGGGACUACAGUGAAGCAGCUGCUGUUUAUACGAACGCCGUUGCUAAAGAAAUCGCAAAUACGCAUGGGAUCGAUAGGAGUGCGAUUCUAAUGAGCGGUGAUAUCAUACGGAGCAGCUCAGGGCUGGAGUUACCAGGCAGCAGCAACGGCCUAGAUAUCACUAAUAGUAGCAAGGUUGGCAGUAACAGCAGGAACAGUAGCGGAGGUAAAGUUAACAGUAACACGGACAUGCCUAGGAGCAGAGGGAGGAGUUUGUGGAUGGAAAGGACUGGGAAAGUUCGAGCCAUUGCCCGCUUGCUUCCGCGCUUGGAAGUUCCGGCACCGGUCGGGAAAGUGGGGGAGAAAGGUGACGUGGAAGAGGAGGGGACUCCAGCUCAAGGGGAUGAGGGGUUGGAGCAGGAGGAGCAGCGGUCAGUCAGAGAGAGAGCAGAGAUGAAGCACGAGUGUUUGGAUGGGAAGGGGGAGAAGGAAGUGGGGGGUGGGCAGGAGGAGGAAAAGGAAGAGGAGGGUGAGGAAGUGGAGGAGAAGGUGCACGAGGGCGGCAGUAGCAAUAACGGUACCAACGCGGGCGGCAGCACCACCUCAGCGGGCGGCAGCAGCGGCGCAGUGGGCGGCGCAGCGGGCGGCAAGAAGAGCUUCCGGUACAGCAUCAUGAUCCCGUCCAAGUCCUCCAAGAGCGCUGACGUGGCGCUUGGCAGCUGUCGUGAGGCUCCCAAGACCAGCUGGCCUGCCACUCCCCAGACCGCCCGUGAGGCCCCCAAGACUCUCUGGCCUCCCACCCCCCAGACCGCCCGCCAUGCUCCGAACGCUUCUAAGCGCGCACUACCUCGCCCUCACACCGCUCAGCCCGAACGGCCCCGGACGGCCGAAGCAGAGAGCACUGAAGAUGCAGAGAGGGUGAGAAAUGAUUUUUCCCGGGAGUUUCCGGGGGUCAGGGGGUGCGCGGCUCGGGACGGACAACUCACUGCUGCAGCAGGCAAAACAUCCUUAGCAGCGGUAGCAGCCCAAGCAGUGACAGCAGUCGAAAGCACAGCAGGAGUGCUUCCAGAGGUGCACCAUCCCCGUGUGCUUUCACCAGAGGCAAGAGCACAGCAGAUGCUUGCUCGACCAAGCAACGGAAGCACCACCGCCAGCAUCGCUGCUGCCGCCUCUCUUUCUUCUCCUGCCAAUCGCUCCUCUCUUCCUUCUCCCAGUUCCUGCCCUCGUGCCGUGCGCCUCCCGCACAACCCGCACCUCCCGCCCCUCUCACCCCGCUCUUCCCUCUCACCCCUCUCACCCCUCUCGCCCCUCUCGCCCCGUCCGCCCCGGGCUUCUGACUCUGCUUUCUCUGGCUUUAAACCCUCGUCUGGGGGUGGCACCGUUGCAACCCCCCGCCCCAGUCGCUCCGUGCCAAAGUCGCGUAGAUACUGCGGAGAGGUGUACCCCGUUGUUCCGCUGCUGGCGCUGCCCGUCAGGCUGCGCGGGGGAGGCGCGGGGGGAUGGGUGGGGAGAAGCAGGGGGGGGUUGUCGGGUGGGGGAGGGGAUGGACGAGGGAAGAGGGUGACUGAGGGCGCAUGGGAAGAAAGGGGAGAAGGAGCGAGAGAAGACAGUGAGGAGGAGGAGGAAAUGGGUGAGAGGAAUGAGUGUGCGGCUGAUUCAGGCUUGGAGGUUUCCUGGAAGCUGCUCGUGAUAGCCGCAGACGACCCGCUUGUUGUGGCUGGGAAACUCGACGAAGUUUACCAGCAGCUGCUCCCUGCUGUUUGCAGGUGGGCCAAAGCUGCACAAUUCACAGUCCCCUUCCCACGAGCAAUGCUGACGUCAGCAGGCUGCUGCACCGCGGUGACGUCAACUCAUCAUGAUCCGAACGAGCAUUGCUGCUACAGUAGCGGCGGCGGCUGGUAUGACAGCUGGCAGAAGGAAGCUUCCAGGAAGGCGGAGGCGGUGGUUCUCGACGCCCACCGCACGUGGAGGAUUCUGUACGGCCCGCCGCUCAUGCAUGCCGCCCGCUGGGGGCAGGAGGGGCGGCAGGAGGGGCGGCAGGAGAGGCAGCAGCAGGGGCAGCAGGAGGGUCAGAGUUGUCUUUUUCUGCAUGCCGCCCAAGGGCGGCAGGAGUCGCAGCACGAUGGCCAAGCAGAAGAAAGAAGCUGCCCCUCGCUUGUUCGCGUCGCUGGGCGGCCGCCUGUGCGUGGCACGUUGGGACAGAGCACAGGUUUUAUCAUCAGCUCGUCUCAUACAGGCGGAAGGGGCGUCUGCUGCUGUGCCUUCACAGGAGAUGGCAGGGGUGAAGCGAUGGAGGAUGAGUGGGAAGGGGAGCUGGAGGCGGGAGAGGUGGGGGUGGGGGACGAGCAGCAGCUCAGUGCAUCGUGUGGCACCUGCUUUUUCUCCUGA